CAACCCCCGCCCCCCCGCCCCACGUGGUUGGAGGUUUCCAGAAGCGUUUCCAGCGCCGCGCAGCGCAGCUAAGGCUAUUCGAGUGACUGCUGCCUCGUAUUCUCACCAUCUAACCGCCAUGAUAAAUGCCAGUCGAGCCGCGGCGUCCCGUCUCAUCGGGGCUGCAGCCACGCGGGGCCCCACGGUCGCCCGCCACCAGGAUGUCUGGAAUGGCCUUAGUCAUGAGGCUUUUAGAAUUGUUUCAAGGAGGGACUAUGCAUCAGAAGCAAUCAAGGGAGCAGUUGUUGGUAUUGAUUUGGGUACUACCAAUUCCUGUGUGGCUGUUAUGGAAGGUAAACAAGCAAAGGUGCUGGAAAAUGCCGAAGGUGCCAGAACCACCCCUUCAGUUGUGGCCUUUACAGCGGAUGGUGAGCGACUUGUUGGCAUGCCAGCCAAGCGACAGGCUGUCACCAACCCAAACAACACGUUCUAUGCCACCAAGCGUCUUAUUGGCCGGAGAUAUGAUGACCCUGAAGUCCAGAAAGACAUUAAAAAUGUUCCCUUUAAAAUUGUCCGUGCUUCCAAUGGUGAUGCCUGGGUUGAAGCUCAUGGAAAACUCUAUUCUCCAAGUCAGAUUGGAGCAUUUGUUUUGAUGAAGAUGAAAGAGACUGCAGAAAAUUACUUGGGGCAUACAGCAAAAAAUGCUGUCAUCACAGUCCCAGCUUAUUUCAAUGACUCUCAAAGACAGGCCACUAAGGAUGCUGGCCAGAUAGCUGGACUAAAUGUGCUUCGGGUGAUUAAUGAACCCACAGCCGCUGCUCUGGCCUAUGGUCUAGACAAAUCAGAAGACAAAGUCAUUGCUGUAUAUGAUUUAGGUGGUGGAACUUUUGAUAUCUCUAUCCUGGAAAUUCAAAAAGGAGUGUUUGAGGUGAAGUCCACCAAUGGAGAUACUUUCUUAGGUGGUGAAGACUUUGACCAGGCGUUGCUACAACACAUUGUGAAGGAGUUUAAAAGAGAGACAGGAGUUGAUUUGACCAAAGACAACAUGGCACUUCAGAGAGUUCGGGAAGCUGCUGAAAAGGCUAAGUGUGAACUCUCCUCAUCUGUGCAGACUGACAUCAACUUGCCAUAUCUUACAAUGGAUGCUUCUGGACCUAAGCAUUUGAAUAUGAAGGUGACGCGGGCUCAGUUUGAAGGGAUUGUGUUUGAGCUAAUCAAGAGGACCAUUGCCCCAUGCCAAAAAGCCAUGCAAGAUGCAGAAGUCAGCAAGAGUGACAUAGGAGAAGUGAUUCUUGUUGGUGGCAUGACUAGGAUGCCCAAGGUUCAGCAGACUGUGCAGGAUCUCUUUGGCCGAGCCCCAAGUAAAGCUGUCAAUCCUGACGAGGCUGUAGCCAUUGGAGCUGCCAUUCAGGGAGGUGUGUUGGCUGGUGAUGUCACAGAUGUACUGCUCCUGGAUGUCACUCCCCUUUCUCUGGGUAUUGAGACUCUGGGAGGUGUAUUUACCAAACUCAUUAACAGGAAUACCACCAUUCCAACCAAGAAAAGCCAGGUGUUUUCUACAGCCGCUGAUGGUCAGACUCAAGUGGAGAUUAAAGUGUGUCAGGGUGAGAGAGAGAUGGCUGGAGACAACAAACUUCUUGGACAGUUUACUUUGAUUGGAAUUCCCCCAGCCCCUCGUGGAGUCCCUCAGAUUGAAGUUACAUUUGACAUUGAUGCCAACGGGAUCGUGCAUGUUUCUGCCAAAGAUAAGGGUACAGGACGUGAGCAGCAGAUUGUGAUCCAGUCUUCUGGUGGGUUAAGCAAAGACGAUAUUGAAAAUAUGGUUAAAAAUGCAGAAAAGUAUGCUGAGGAAGACAGGCGAAAGAAGGAACGAGUUGAAGCAGUUAAUAUGGCUGAAGGAAUCAUCCAUGAUACAGAAAGCAAGAUGGAAGAAUUCAAGGACCAAUUGCCUGCUGAUGAGUGCAACAAACUAAAAGAAGAAAUUUCCAAAAUGAGGGAGCUCCUGGCUCGAAAAGAUAGUGAAACUGGAGAAAACAUCAGGCAGGCAGCAUCUUCCCUUCAGCAAGCAUCAUUGAAACUCUUCGAAAUGGCAUACAAAAAGAUGGCCUCUGAGCGGGAAGGCUCUGGAAGUUCUGGCACUGGGGAACAAAAGGAAGAUCAAAAAGAAGAGAAACAGUAAUAGUAAACUUUGGAGCCAAAAGGACAACAUAUUAUGGUGCUUGGGAGUGAAGGGACUUCCUGAGCAGAAAUGGGCAAACUUCAGUCUUUUACUGUGUUUUUGCAGUAUUCUAUAUAUAAUUUCCUUAAUAUGUAAAUUUAGUGACUAUUAGCUAAUGAUCGUUUAAUGAGUGAUAAUUCCAGCAGUACAAAGCUCACAAUGUUCUGUUCCUAGCCUAUCAUUUUUCAGCUGCACGUGAAAGGGAAGAAGAUGAUUUAUUGAUCAGUAUAAAGACUUAAUAACAUUGUUUUGUGCUGAAGUAACUGUAUUUCAAAGGGGUGAAACCAUCCCACAGAGCAAAAAAGGUAGUCAGUCAUAAACCUGGAGUGAGACCAUCUGGGUAUAAGAUACUUAAGUACUGCCGUGCCAGUAUGUGUGUACAUUGGAUUCUUCAACUGAGGCCUUGCAAGGCAAGUCUGUGGUGCCACAUUCACAGGUAGAGCAAUGGAAGCAAGGUCAAUAGAAAACUAUUUAUGUUAGGUACAACUUUUAAAACAAGGUAAUAAAGCUUCCUAAUUUUCCUGUGGGACACUUUUAUAGCUCCCUUCUGGCCUUUGGCACCUGUAUCUUUGAUUGAUUUUUUUUUUGAUCCACCCUGGAUUUUUUUUUUUAAAUAAAUAUGAAAAGCAUUUGAUCUCUUGUUUGUGAGGGGUGAGACUCUUGAGAUAUAGUUACAAGAUUAUAAUAUGCAUCAUACUUUCCAGUUCCCUGACCUAGGGUCACUCAGGUAAAACAGGAUUUAGAAGAGCUAGUGUAAUGAAAUAAUAUAAGCAUUGUCACCAAGGACAGGUCUGGUUCUGAGGGGUUUUUGGGUGUUUUUUUCUCUUAUAGCCCCAUCUUUUGUUUGGAAUGCAAGUCUAGAUCUCUAGCUUAAAAACUGUGCUAUUUUCCGGUUGCUUUCUGAGUUUUCAUUCUGUUCUAGUAGCUUUAUGUCAGUCUAGUAGUAAAUCCUUUAGUGGUUCAGUAACAUUAGAUACUGAUUCUUUCCGUAUUUUUGCUCUCACCCUCAGUGAGUUGCCUUGUCCUAAACUCUGUUUUAGUUCUGAUUACCAUGUACUUGUGUAACAGCUUCAGAAGCAGAAAUGUGACUGCAUCUUUCCUGUAUCUUUCAUUUAAGUAUUGAGAAUUUUUUUCCCCAAAAGUCUUUAACAGACUUCCCUCAUGUUUCAUGGACUGCUAUCGUAGACCAUGCAUAAAGGAAUUUUAAUAAGAACAUGGGGCUUGGAUCCCAUCAGAGAUAAUGGAUCCCAUCAGAGAUAAUGCCUCCUUUUAUUUUGUGGUGAUACCUAGAAAUGAAAUUCAAUACAAUGCUCUAAUGUGACAUUGUUUACAUGUUAAUUACAUUCCUGGAGAGUUGUUCAUUAACACCCAUGUAAAUACUUCUUGAGAUUCAUAAAAAAUAAAUUCUAGGCUCAAGUUCUCAUCCACAUGCACACUUGGUGGGAACCUUGUGGAAUGUGUAGUAAUUAUCCAUGACAUUGUUUUGUGGUGUGUUAGAUAUUUAGCAUUUGUUGGUUGGCUCUUACCCAGUAAACACCUCUUCUAUCUCCUAAUCAUUGUGAUAACUAAGCCCUUCAAGGAUUUCCAAAGCAUCCAAUUAAGAACUACUGGCUUUUAUGAUUCAAGACCCAACCUUGGGAUCAGGAAAAGGAGCCAAACACCCCCUGAACAGUAUGGGUUCUGUGAGGAAGGAGGGAGAAGAGCUACUUGGAUAGGUAACCACAACUGUCUCAAGCUUCCCCCUGUGUAGUGAACAUUCCAUUUACAGACCAAUAAAACAUAACUUCUGCAAACAGCCAGAAAAGCAAAAAGAUUUCUAUUCUUCAGAUACAGGUUCCCUUGGUGACAACUGCUUGGUAGGACCCAAAAGGAACUUGUAGUUUCCUUUCCUAAGUGGUCUUUGCAGGAAAUGUACUUUCUAUGGUUGAGCAGCCCCCCCCCCAACCAAAAAAAAAUUAAAAAAAAAAAAAAAAAACACAUGGAAUAAAAAUAUUAGCAACCUAAAAGUACAUCCAGAAUCACCAUCUCCACUCUGGACACUUAGGAUAAGUUACUACUUAUUACACAUAGUAUUCCCCACAUAAGAUCACACACCUUGCUACUUUUUUCCCAUAGCAGCGGUCAGGCCUGCCUGCCUGCCCAUAGGCUUCAUGUGGUCAGGCCCCUCACUACCUCUUUGCCCUUAUGCUCCAACUACUUUACUUUGGGAUCUUUGUCUUUCCUCCCUUGCUGGAAAAGCUGCCCAAACUUCCAUUUGGCUCACCCCUCACUUUUUUCAUAAGGUUUUGAAAUUUCAUAAAAUCGUAGUCCGCUGUCAAGUCCCUGCCAUUUCUUGCCUCUUUACCCUACUCUAUUUUUCUCCUUAGCAAUUAUCACCUAUUUGUUUUUUCCCCCACCCCCACUGCCAUGGUGCGAAUUUCUGUGCCACACAUCCCCCCACCCCAAUUUCCAUGUUGAAAUCCUAACCUAAAUUAGGUAUUAGGAGGUGGGGCCUUGGGGAAGUGAUAGAGUAGUACCCUUCAAAAAGGGCUCCAGAGAUUUCCUCCCCUUCCCACCAAGUGAGGAUACAAUGAGAAGUCUGUGACCAAUACAAGGACCCUCAUCUGACCAUGCUGGCACCUCGAUCUCUGACUUCCAGCUUCCAGGACUGCCAGAACAAGUUUUUUACAAACUACCCAGUUUGUCAUUUUGUUACAACAGCCCAGAAGGACUGGGAGCCAUCCUGUAAGCUCCCUGGGGCCACAAACUUUUUUGCUCACUGCUAUUUCCCAACACCUAGAACAAUGCCUGAUACAUAAGUACUCAAAUUUUUGUCAAAUUAGUCUCUCCCACUGUCUAAAAGAGUGAAUUAAGGUCCCCUUGUUUUUUUGAACUUUGGUCUAAAUCAUCUGUGAGGAGUAUUAGGAGCAACUUACACCAAACCCAGAAACAAAAACUUAAUUGGUAAAAGACAAAAAGAAGCCAAGAAGAAACUGUUGAUAGUAAUGUAGCCCAAAGUUCUCCUGGACCACCAGCAAGGAGGGGUGGGCAGGGUAGAAAGGAGUAACCAGAAUAAAUUUGCAAUCUUGUAUACUUUAUUUCUUAGUAAAGAGUCCAGUUCUGUUGCUGACUCAUUGAUUCUAUGUGAUCAAAUAAACAUUGCUAUUUACCCAGGUAGAGUUAACUUUCCUCAACUUAUUUUGAAAAUUUCAAACCUACUUAGAAAAGAAUUAAGAAUAGUAUAAUGAACACACACAAACACAUACACCUUUCACCUAGAUUCAACUAGCACUUUGCCAUAUUAGCACUUUCACACACUGUUGUAUGGUUUUUCUGUCUUCUGAACAUCAUGACACUUAAACCUAAAUGUCAGUAUUUCUGCAAACAUCUUGUAUGAACAGAACUUUCUCUCCACAACUAAUAAAAUCAGAAAGUAGAUGAUAUACUAUUAUCUAAUAUGUGGCCUAAUAAUAAAACCACAGGCCAAUUUCACUGACGAACAUAGACACUAAAAUCCUCAACAAAAUAUUGGCAAACCACAUCCAGCAACACAUAAAAAAAGAUUAUCCACCGUAAUCAAGUGGAAUUCAUCCCAGGAAUCUAGGGAUGGUUCAAUAUACGCAAAUCAAUAAACGUAAUAUAUCACAAACGGAAAGACAAAAACCACAUGAUCAUCUCGAUAGAUGGAGAAAAAGCAUUCGAUAAGGUAUAGCACCCAUUUAUCAUCAAAACACUCAGCAAAAUGGGAAUAAAUGGGGCAUUCUUCAGUGUAAUAAAGGCCAUAUACGAAAAAUCUACAACCAACAUCACACUCAAUGGGCAAAAACUAAAAGCUUUCCCACUAAGAUCGGGAAUACUUAAAGGAUGUCUGCUUUCACCACUUCUAUUCAACAUAGUUUUGGGAGUCCUAGCCACAGUGGGCAGAUAAGAAAAAGAAAAGGCAUCCAAAAAAAACCCCCAAAAACAGAACUUUCUCCCCACAACUAA